GGGUGUUAAAUCAGUCCAGGAGCUCUGAAUGUGUCAGGCAGGCAACAGCAGCGCAAUACUUGGAAGGCGGUCGGUAGACUUCAUUUCAUUCACUUUACUUUAUUUAUCUAUCUGUAUUGUUUUUACAGCUUUUUAUAUCCAUCUUUAUAAGCCCAUAAACCAUGACUGAACAGUCAGUGCUGCUCUUGAGGAAACAGCUGGCAGAACUCAACAAGAACCCAGUGGAAGGGUUUUCCGCUGGGCUGAUAGAUGACAAUGACAUCUACAAAUGGGAGGUCGUCAUUAUUGGACCACAAGACACACUGUUUGAAGGCGGGUUUUUCAAGGCUUACCUGACCUUUCCCUAUGACUACCCUUUGCGGCCCCCUAAGAUGAAGUUCAUUACUGAACUCUGGCAUCCGAAUGUUGCUAAAAAUGGUGACGUCUGCAUCUCAAUCCUACACGAGCCCGGUGAGGACAAGUUUGGGUAUGAGAAGCCAGAAGAGCGCUGGCUGCCCAUCCACACUGUGGAGACCAUCAUGAUCAGUGUGAUCUCCAUGCUGGCCGACCCCAACAGCGACUCGCCCGCCAACGUCGACGCAGGCAAGGAGUGGCGGGAGGACCCGAAUGGUGAAUUCAAGAGGAAGGUGGCGAGGUGUGUACGGAAAAGUCAGGAAAUGGCCUUCGACUAGUCUUCAGCGCUCGCCUCUAGAAUCUAGGGGGUUUAUAAGAAGGACUGAAUGAAAUACUUUUGGUCUUCCACUAAGGCUGGGUUAUGUAUUUUACACCCUGUUUUUGCUGAUCAUCAGGAACUUGCUGUAGCCAUCUGAAAGGCUUGUGCUCUGAAGAUACAUAAUACAAAAAUAAAUACAAAUUUGAAAAAGUUAAAUAACUUUAGUUUACUACCUGGAAUUGUACAUUUAUUUAUUUUGAAUAUUCUAACCAAUGUAAGAUAUGUCACUACUGUAAAUGACUUGCUUUUAUAAAUGCUGCAGAUGGCUUCUACUUCACGCCAGGUUUCUUAUGCAAUUUUGAGGUUUCUUUUUGUGUUUUCUUUCCAGUGAGACAGAUAGAUCGUAAGGGACACCUGUAUUUUUCACCCUAGUACAUGCUGUGUAAACCCUAGCAGUACCAAAGUCCUGAUCCAGUUCUAGUUCUACUGCCAGUUAAAAAACACAUGCAAUUGCUUGUGCCUUUCACCCCUGUUGACAGUGAUAUGGCAGGUGUUUCUGUAUUUUUAAAAUGUGGAAGUAAAUGUUUUUGAAGAAUGUAUUCAGUCCAAUCUGUAAUGUCAUAGAAAGGUAUUCUUAAAAUCAUUGCUAACAACAUGUAUAUUGUAUACCACUCUGGUAUUAUAUUAUAGUCAGGCUUAUUAUAGUUAAGGCUUUUGGUGUUUUAUGCUGACUUCUCUACUCCUUUUUAAAAAUGCAAUUGAUCCCUGUUAAGCCAUUCCUGUAUCUCCAUCACAACUGAGUAGUGUGUUAAUCGUAAAAUUGAUUUAAUUUACAGGUUGUUUUCUGUGAAAAGUCUUUUUCAUUUCAAAGCAGAAGCGACUCCUCUGUAUUAAUGUAAAUGGUUACUUACGCAUAAGGAUUGUAAUAGUGUGCCCAGCAUAAAGUACUUUCUUUGCAUUAUAGCUAUAAUAAAGAUUAGUCGCUUAACGUUGCGAUCUCAUUUGUACAUUCUGCUUGUAAAUGAAAAAUUAAGGCUGAGAUGAUUUUUUUUUUUUUUUUAAAAAGCCCCAUUUAGUUUCACAGAAAAAAAAACUGUAAAUUAAGUCAGUUUUACUAUUAACACGUCUCUCAGUUGUGACUGAGUUGCACGAGUGGCUUAACAGGUAUCAAUUUAAUUCUUAAAGGAGAGUAUAAAAAGUCAGGGUAAAAAAACACAAAAUCAGAAGCCCUAAUUAUAGUGUAGUAUAUCACAUACUCCUCUAUUGACUUUGGCUGACAGAAUAGUCCCAUUUGAUUUAAAUAAAAUAAAAAAAUGGCUUUUUUUUUACCUUUAGUUAAUUCAAGGCUUGGGUACGAAAAGGUUUUUUUUGUCAUGGACCAGGGGUGACUGUGACAAAGUACCAAAUGUCAUCAAGCAAUAGGCCUGUAAACCUACGCACCCUUUAUUUUGUCAGUUUGUUAGGUGGUUUUUUUAUGCAAAUAAUUUAAUGUUAGGUCAAUUUAUUGUGUUAAAUUGUUACCCCAGUUCCUUUUACUUGUUUUAAGUUUUGUUUUGUUUUGUUUCUCUCUGUAAAUUGUAUUUAAUCUGAGCCCAAUAAAAAUGAGAAACACUUAAAUAA